UUUUUUUACAGUUUUCUGCUUCCUCAUUUCUCAGUUUUUCCAGCUUUUGACAAUUCAGCGAUGAUUUGAAUAUGCUAUGAGUGUGUUCAGUGUGAGGACUCAUGCUCACACACUCCUCCUGCUCACUUCCACCUCACGCUGAAACCCGUCUAGCAACACAAAUCUGGGCACAUUUUUGUCUCACACACCGACAGAGCAACACUACAGGUCAGAAGUUAUGGGGCUGAGACACGCUGGAUCAAUCCGCACAGAUACUCGGAGAUGACGCUUUGUCGCUAAUGUGAGUUAUUUGAGCCUCAGAGAUUAAGGAGCAGAGGGAUUUUUCUGUUCUUUAGUGAUCUCACGAUGAUGUCUUUAUAUGAACCCUGAUCCGCUGUUUGCACCGCAGCACGUUUGGGCCACGAUGUCUCUUUCACAGCAGGUUCUGGUGAACUAUGAAUACACCUACACUGCCCGAGAUGGCAGAAACGUGUCCAUUAAACCCAAUGAGCACUACAUAUUAGUAAACAAGACCAACGAGGAAUGGUGGCACGUCCAAAAGGAUGCAGCAGACAAACCUUUUUACAUCCCAGCGAAAUACGUGACCGAACUCCCACCUGAGACCAGCCAAACUCCACUGGACCCUCCGGAAGAGUUUAGCGGAUAUGAAUCCCUCCAGUUCGGCUCACAGACAGCUGAUCCUGCUGAGGUCACGCUUCGAGUUCCUGACUCUAUAAAACGAGACACAGAGAAAGACGGUCAUAGGAUAUCAACAUUUAUUAUUCCAAAGGAAUUCUUCGAACUCAAGGGUUUGGAUCCUGACCCCAUAAAGACUGAAGCAGAGGCUGGUCCUCCUGUAUCCUCCAACACUUCUUCUCCAACCAAUGGAGAAACAGCAUUUAUUAUUCUGCCUCCGCCUGUAUAUACAGUUAACACAACACAGUCCACGGAGACAGACACCAGAUCAGUGGAUGAUCCUAAAGAUUCAGUAGGGAGGCCGCGUGUGGACUCAAGCACCAUUGAUGAAGACAUUCAGAUGCUCAAUAGAGCUGGCUGGAGUGAAGUAUUGGACGUCAUGGGUAAAGAGAAGAAUGUGUAUGAGAGUUUGGAUACAGUGAGAGAACCGGAAUCCCCAAAAGAUGAAGCUGACAUGACUGUAAACACAACCCCUGUCACACCAGAUGCGCCUAUGGUGGAGGAUGACACAGCGGUGUAUGUGAACAUCCCUCGGAAGCGUCAAACCACCAUCAACAACUCCAGCCCCAUCGCUUCUUUGCUGCAGGAUUUUCCAGAGCCUCCUGAAAACUUCCUUCUGGACUCAGCAGGAUGGCAGGUCCACACUGACGACCAGAGCGGCCAAGAGUUCUACUAUCAGCCCUCCACUGGCCGCAGCACCUGGGAGAAUCCGCUCAGCAGCCGCUCAAUGGAGUCGCCGGUGGGCACAGAAGGGGGUCGAUCGCCUCCGUCUUUCCCUCAGUCUCCCGCCUGCUCGCCCGUAGCUCCUGCUCCGCGCAGGUGGAGCUCGGACUGGGAGAAGGUUUUAGAUGAGAGCACAGGCAGACAUUAUUUCUUCAACACUGUGUCAGGUCAGAGCUCAUGGGAUCCUCCGGAGGAUGUCGACUCACCUGGACGCCUGAUGUUUCUGGAUGAUUGUCCGCCUCCGCUUCCAGAGGAAGAUUACCCAGCAUCCCCUGAGCUGGAGGAGGCGUCUCCUGUCUCCAUCCCAGCUGAGUAUUCUCUGAUUCAUGUGAAGAAGGUCUCCAUCCCGCGGGUCAGUCUGGACCGCAGCAGUCCGGCCGGCUGGAGUCUCGACAUCGACUCUGAGGGUACCUGGACCUUCACCAGCGAAUACACACAGGAGCAGUGGAUCAAGUCGCUCGACGAUCAGGGACGGACGUACUAUUACCUGAGAGACGGAAGCAAGUCCCAGUGGAAUUUACCUGAGAUUAAUCCAGGACAGGGUGGCGUGGCAGCUCAGUGGUUAGCACUGUUGCCCUACAGCAAGAAUGUCGCUGGUUCAAGUCCAGGCUGGUACUCUGCCAGUCCAGGACAGUAUGGAGUGGGAAACGGGGCCUCAGGAGAGCAGGACACAGUGGGAUCCAACUGGAGACACAGUGCAGGAUACCCGGAUGAUAAGAAUCAUUCAUCAUAUAUUCAGAAUACAUCAGACAGUGAAGCCUCCAGCUCUCCUGAUACGCCACACAACGUUUCAAAUUUGGAGAAGGCUGGAAUAUUGAACAAAACAAAGGUGUCUGAAAAUGGGAAGAAAGUCAGGAAGAACUGGGGUCAUUCCUGGACAGUUCUCCAUGGAGGUAAACUGACCUUCCAUAAAGAUCCGAAGUCCACACCAGCCGGGGCAUCAAGCAAGACAAAUCAGAUACUCCCAGAAUUCACAGUGGAUCUGAAAGGCGCCACAAUUAACCGGGCGCCCAAGGACAAAUCAAGCAAGAAAAACGUUCUGGAGCUUAAGACUCGGACUGGUGCCGAAUACUUGAUCCAGUACGACACCGAUAGCAUCAUCCAAGACUGGCAUAAAGUUAUCUUAGAUACCAUACACCAGCUGAACGGGGAUCAGCAUCACUCUGAAGAAGAGGACGAGGUCAUUGAUAAAUCUCCAACCUUAGACAGAGAGGAGAGACCAUUUGAAAAGAGAACUAUGAGCACCGCAACUCGACAGCCUUCAACCAGUUCCACAUCCGAAGCGGAACAGAAGAAAGUUCGCACAAAACUGAAGAAGUUCCUCCUGAAGCGUCCCACACUGCAGUCCGUCAAAGACAAGGGUUACAUCAGAGAAAAUGUAUUUGGAUGUCAUCUGCACAAUCUCUGCAGCCAGGAGAAGACCAGAGUGCCCAGCUUUGUGGAGAAAUGCAUUCGAGCGGUGGAGAAAAGAGGUCUGGAAAUCGAUGGACUCUACAGAGUCAGUGGAAAUCUGGCGGUUAUCCAGAAACUGCGCUUUAAAGCAGAUCAUGAGGAUCUGGACCUGGAGGAGGGAAACUGGGAUAUUCAUGUGAUCACAGGAGCGCUGAAACUCUUCUUUAGAGAACUGCAGGAGCCUCUCUUCCCUUACAACCUCUUCAAUGAGUUCAUCUGUGCCAUCAAAACCCCUGACUAUUACAGUAAGAUAUCACACAUGAGGAAUCUGGUACGGUCUUUACCUCCACCCAACCAUGACACAAUGGAGGCUCUCUUCAGCCACCUGCGCAGGGUUAUUCAGCAUGGCAAUGAGAACAGAAUGACUGUUCAGAACGUGGCCAUCGUCUUCGGCCCGACGUUACUCAAGCCUGAGGAGGAGACGGCAAGCAUCGCCACUUACAUGGUCUUCCAGAACCAGAUCGUGGAAUUCUUACUCAGCGAAUUCGAGUCCAUCUUCCACAUGUGAUCCACCUGAACUUGCACUUGACACAAAACCCCACUCCAAUGCUGGAAAAUAAUGAGAGAAGAUGCAAAACUUCAUAACAUCUCUGUGAAGGAAAAGCUAUCUGCACGGCAGGGUAUGAAUAGAGAUGCUGCAAGAAAGCUAGAAUGUAGCCUCUUUGAUUAAUAUAUUAAUACACCUGAAACAGAAAGCAGGUUUUAUUUGAGGAGUUUUAAAUAUUGAAGGAGAGGCAGACAUUUUACAGCUGUAUGAUGUUCAUUUACUCACGCUCAAACCAUCAGGAUGGAUGUGAUGUUAUUUUCUUCAUGAAACAUUAAAGGGGUUUUUAGCUU